ACAGCCUGUCCCCUCCCGAGCUCCAGCCCGCUAGGUGUUGGGGGCGGCAGGGAGUGCGAGGGGGAUGUGCUCCUCGGUGAGAGUGGGGCGCCCUACGGAGCCCCCGGAGGCGUUGGGGACUUCCCGGGAGCCAGCAGAGAGUGCCCCCGGGAGAAGACAGCCUCCUCCGGACACGGCGAGUGCAGGUCCGCAGGGUGUGGACUGGAGCUACAGGGCACCUGCGGCUAGCGGCCCGGAGAGAGGAGCUGCGGUGGGAAAGCAGCCUGCUGUGUGCGCGGAUGGAAAGCAGGAGAGGCCCGGCUCGGAAACGAAGCCUCCUGUCGGGGUGGACACCGGGCUGCCGCCAGCAGAGCAGCCGGACAUGGGCUUGGUGGCGGAAUCACCCCACUGCCAACUUGCCCUACAGCCUGAAGAGAAAAGGGAAGCUGGACACACGGACCCAGGCAUAGAGCCUCCAGAUCACAUCCGACCCAUCUACUCCGGCAAGUUUUUCGAUCGGACGCCUUGCUGGCCCAGCGCAGGGAAAGUUAUUCCAGUUGGACACAGAGUUGCAACCUGCUUGACUGAGAAACUUCCCAGGCUGGUUACUACACCUGAGACAAGGAAGUUUUUCAACUAUAGAUACCCACCUGCUGGGGCUGAAAGAGCGUUUUAUGGCAGAGCCAGUGUUCCAAUCGCACCGCACCUGACACAUGGAAUGAGAUCCAAAGUUUCGAUACCGGCAAGCACAUUGAUAAACCCACAGCCCAUUACCACCUUUCAACAGAAAAUUAAAGAAAAAAAGGAAUCUGUGUAUUUUAGCAAUCGCUGGGCACCGUUAGGAAGAUCCCAUGAUCAAACUCCAGGAUUACCCAAAGGAAUGGAUGUCGUCAAUACGACAUUUGGAACAACAAUCAUCAGAGAUAUCUCUGCUAGAGAUGUGGUGAACCCACCAAAAUCCUUUGAAGAAGUAUUUAAAGAAGGAAAUGAAGGACAUGAUUUGUAUGUUGUUUCUCACAAUGAUUAUUAUGCAGGAGAAGCAAAGAACCGAAAAUAUAACCCAGCAAGUUUCCACAGGUUUAACUUAUAUGGAGUCCCAACACCACAUUUUAAUGAUGGUCGAACCAUGGCAAAAACAUUAUAUUGGCUCCAUGAACUACAAAUGAAAAGAGGAGCGAAGAUUGUAUCCAAGAGAGUUGAUGAUUUCAAAGAAAAGUUUCAACAUAAACUUGGAAGAGUUCUAGAUCCCAUUGCAGAAACAAUGACUGUUCCCCCUGAUCACACAUUUGGACCUUGUCUCCGUCCUGAGGAGUACGGAGUUGGUGAUCUCAUCCACAAUAGACUUCCGACUGAAUAUCUUCGAGGCAAGGACAGACAGAGAGCCCUGGUUGCAGCCGUUCGACAUCAUUUGAAGAAAUUUAACUACCAGAACUUCGACACGCUGCUGGCAGCCUUCAGGCACUAUGACAAGAAGGCAGACGGAGUGAUCGAUAAAGCCGAGCUGUGGCAAGCUUGUAUCCAGGCCAACUUGCAUCUGGACGAGAAGCUCCUGGACCAGCUCUUUGACUAUUGUGAUGUGGAUAAGGAUGGCUUCAUUAACUACCUGGAAUUCGCAAAUUUUCUUAACUGGAAAGACAAAAUGCCGCUUAAAGAGUAUGAAGAGAGGGUCAUCAUUAAAGGUAGAAAACCCGAUUGUGCAGACCCUACUGAAGCUAAUGUUGAAGAAUCUGAGCCGACUCUCCUGAUAAAACCUGAAGAUAUUGUCUUUAAAGAGCCGGGGAGUUCAGAAAGGACUCCCCGGACGCUGCUGAGGCCUAGCGAUCAAGUGUCUGACUCCUACAAGACAUCAUCUGCUGACAUCAGUGCAGUCGUGGGAGCCGUUCCUUCUGUCUGUUAUCCUAUCUAUGGUGUUCCGACCAUUCGCUCUGACAUUCCUGCCCCCCGAAUCCGUCGCAUCAGUGACAGAACUAAUUAUGGUGAGGAGGGCAACGCAUAUUCAGUACUGCAUCCAACCAUCUUCGCCCAGAGAGGCGUGUUUGAAAGAGACUUCUUCAAGGCCAGAUCAAAAGAAGAGAUUGCAGAGAUAUUAUGUAACAUUGGUGUCAAGCUUUCUGAGGAAGAAUUUGAAAACGUAUGGAAUCUUGCAUCAAAAAAACAUCACAGAGGGGAAGUUUGCGUGGAGAACAUCAGAAAUGUUUUAGAUGAGCUGCAGCAUGCAGACCGGAUCAAGUGUAAAACAGCUACAUGAUAUCUUGGAAAUUCAUGCAUUUAAAUGAAAGAGUGGUUAAAUCUGUGUUCAUCUAAAACGUGUAACGCGUUUACAUUUUAGGUGUUAUGCUGGAAUGCUGCGGUCACUGGAGUACAGCUCACAUAUGUGUUG